AUGCGGCUGCUCUACGGGGGCCCCUCUGGGGGCCCCCGGCCUCCUCGCCUCCGCGGGUCGUUCUUGCUGCACAGCAACGCAGCAGCAGCAGCAAAGACAUUCCUACGACGGCAGCAGCAGCCUCUGCAGCAACCCAACCAGCUGCAGCAGCGGCGCCUUUCCCUGCCAUUUGCUGGCUUCACAACCCACACUGCAGCAGCAGCAGCAGCAGCAGCAGCAGCAGCAGCAGCGGCAGCAGACUCGCUUUCACAGCAAAAUAGGCCCCCCGUGAAGCUGCCACCUUAUGUUCAGCAGCUCACAUUGGGCUCUUGGACUCUUUUCUUUUAUCCUGUCCCUCAAUACCUCAAGUCCAUAGAAGGGGCCCUUGCCGGGGCCCCCCAAGGGGCCCUGCAGGGGGCCCCCCAAGGGGCCCUGCAGGGGGGCCCCCAAGGGGCCCCGCAGGGGGGCCCCCAAGGGGGCCCCGAAGGACUUCCUGAGGAAGGUCCGAGUGCCUGGGAGGGGGCUGUGCUUGUUGCUGAAAUGCAGCCUAGUCUGCUGUGUUUGGAGUGCUGCAGCAGCAGACUGCAGCAGCUAGCAGCAGCAGCAGCAGCAGCAACAGCAGCAGCAGCUGCAAGGGGGUCUUCCCUUGAGGCGGAGACACGGAAGCAGCAGAGGCGACUCGCCAAGGGACUCUCGCUUCUCACCUCCUUUGAUGGCGGUUUGCUGCAUGCAGCGCUGCUGCCAGUUGUCGUUGCUGCAGGGGCCCUGCAGGGUCUUGCAGGGGCCCCUGGGGGGCCCCCCAGGGGGGCCCCCCCCUUCUUCCAGGAGGCCCCCCCGUCGGCCUGUGGGGGCCCCCUGGGGGGCUGGGGGGGCCCCGCAGCUGGGGGAGGGGGCCCCACAGUAGGGGCGGGGGGGCCUCCGGGCCCCCCGGGGGGGCCCCCGGGGCCCCCGGGAGGGCCCCCGGGACCCCCGGGGGGGCCCCUGGGGCCCCCGGGGGGGACCCCGGGGCCCCCAGGGGGGCCCCCGGGGCCCCCGGGGGGGCCCCUGGGGCCCCUCGUUUAUGCAGUAGACCGAAAUAAAACCACAACAGCAAGAAGGCUGCAAGAGUGUUUGCUGCUGCAGGCGACGCAGCUGCGGGCCUUUAGGCGCUGCGUGCUGGAGGCCCUAGGGUCUCGCUGGGCUUGGGGGCCCCCAGAUCCGAGGGGUGGGGGGCCCCCCAGCAGCCCCCGGGGGGGCCCCCAGUACCCUGGGGGGGGGCCCCCAGCCUCCACCGCCUGGGGGGCCCCCCAGUGGGCCCAGCAGCAAAAGGAGCUCUUCCCUGCGGGCUACCAAGUGCUGCUGGAAGAGAGGGCCUCUUGUGCUGCAGCAAAUAUCUGGAAUGCAAUUCAAGACGCAGAAGCCCGAAUGGGGCACUGGGGGCCCCCACAGGGCCCAGGGGGCCCCUGCGGGGGCCCCUCGGGGGGCCCCUUGGGGCCAGCUGGGGAGGCCCUUCAUCAAGGGGGGCCCCGGGGGCCCCCAGCGGGAGGCCCCGCGGCACAGGGGGCCCCCUCAGCAGCCCAGGCUGAAGGAGAGGGUCAUGUGGAAUACUUGGGAGGGGGGCCCCCGGGGCCCCCGGGGCCUCCUGAGGGGGGAAGGGUACUGGGAGAAGGGCCCCCUGGGGGUGCCCCCCAGAGGGUCUCCUGGGAACCUCCCAGGGGGGCCCCUGGGGGCCCCCGCGUGGGCUUUGUGUUUUGUUCCGCAGCGCUGUUGCCGCUGCUGAUUGAGGCCCUGCAGCAGGUGCAUGCAGUGGAAGCCCCAAAGGCAGCAGCAGCAGCAGCAGCAGCAGCAGCAGCAGCUGCUGCUGCUGCAGGGGAGAAGGCGCACUACCGCACGUCUAUGUUCGCUGCUCUGCAUAGGUCGCCCCCGUGUCUGCUGCCUUUGCUGCUGCUGCGCUUCGUGCUGCUGCCUGCUGCUGCUGCUUAUGGCAUUGCUGCUGCUGUUGCUGCUCUUUCCUCUUGGGCCCGGGGCUGCCUCCACAGAGGCGAACCCCCAGCAGCAGCAGCAGCAGAGCUGCAUGUGCCCAUAGAUGGGGAUUCGCUGCCUCAGAGGCCCCAGAGGCCCCACAGGGGGCCCCUCGAGGGGGGCCCCCAGAGGCCCCACAGGGGGCCCCUCGAGGGGGGCCCCCCAAGGGGGCCCCCCUUAGGGACGGCAGCAAACCGAGCUGGUGGCUGGCAGCAAGGCCUGGGCGGUAUACUUUCUUGA